AUGAAGCUAUUUGCACGUCCUAAAUGCUUUUCCGAGGCUAUAGCACCGAUGACAACUGUCAACUGUAUAGUGGGACUUCGCGCUUUCGAAUAUCCUCGUGGUAAUCCGAGACCUAUACUCAGUCUGAUUUAUUUCUCGUUUAUUUACAUCAUAUUUUGUUGUGGCUUAUUAAGCAUGCACCAAAAAUACUAUGCGAACUUUAGACUGAUGAAACUGGAAUAUGUUGUGUACAAAUUAAUGACGUACAUCACUAUAGUAUCUGUGAUACUGAAAAUGUUACUAGGUUGGUGGCACACAAAGAAAUUUAAAGUUUGUCUCAAAAAGAUCUUUGAGAUCGAUGAAACGUUGCAACAGCUGGGACUGACGAUGAAUUAUGACAGAAUAUACUUCAUUGUGAUUGGAUACAUAACUGUUUGGAUCACAUUUGUUUUGGUUAUAUGGACUAUGAUGUUCAUUCACUUCCACAGAAGCACGGAUGUAUUUACUUCAAUUUAUCUGCUACUCAUAUAUUCGUAUUCGUUCAUCGUCAACUCUAUUAAUAUAUUCGAAUUCUUCAUAUUUGCGAAAUGCUCACAAAUAAAAUUUAAAUUGGUCAACCAACUUUUGCGCGAGAGCUUAACAGAUUUAUCCAAGGAAGAUAAGAAAUUAGGCAUUUUUGACAUGAAGGAUUAUGAGAGGAUCAUAGAUGUCGAGCAACAAAAGCAAGUUUUUUCCACAAAGAUGAUAUUCCGAAGGCGUCAGCGGGUGCAGACCGGAAUUAAUUUUUCUAUAUCGAAGAAGCGAGAUCCGGUCGUAUUUCAAACUGAAUCUCACUUUCCAUCUCAUGUCACAAAUCAUUUUCAAAGCCUACUCCAGAAUCCACGUCGAAGACAGAAUACCACAAUAAAAAAAUGUCAAAAACCUAAACAUCUUUUACAAGUAAUCAGGUACACCUGA